UGAUCUUGAAAUGGUUGUUUUUCAAGAGACUCCUAUUUUACGUCCUCAAAAGAGGGAUCGGAAGAAAGGAGCUGUUUUGAAAUCCCCAUUCAUUGAGCUUGCUUCUGGUGCAUCUAAAUCAGGUUCAUCCUCGGUUUCUCCUGAUGAUUCUGUGUAUAAGGUCGUUAAAUAUGUGCGUGGUUUGUGCCCGUUGGACAACAAGAUUGGUGAACCUGUCGAUCCGCAAUUGGAAGCUGAGUUUGUCAAGUGGGUUGAUACAGGUCUUAGAAAGCAUAAAUCUAACACAACAACUAAUGUGUAUUGUAAGGGUAAGGACACUAUAUUUCCGCCAUUUCGUUUUGGUGUUGAGGACAUCAGCAACAAGAUGUGGUUUCACAACCUUGCCUACCCUAAUUGUUUCCUUACCAAUUCUCACAUUGACAUCAUUUUCUAUUAUCUUCGUAAGAAAAUAAUGUACUCAGCCGAGCCGAAAAUCAAAGUCACCACAACUGAUUGCCUCUUUUGUUCUAGCAUAACAACUUUGUAUGAGAGGUUUGUUGAGAAAAACAACGAUAUAUCGGUGUUGUCUCUUUCUCACAAUGUGGCCCAGUACAUUCAAGGUGGUAAGAUAUUAUGUGCCACUCUUUGGCAUUUGGUUGAUCAUGUUGUUAUGCCUAUCAAUGUAAAAUUACAGGAUCAUUGGAUUUGUGGUCGUCUUAACAUAGUUGACAGGCGCAUAUAUCUGUACAAUUCAUUGCGUUCUGGGAGGUAUAUGACUGCUGCCAAAGAGGCUUGCAAGCCUUUCUCUGUUAUUUUACCAUAUUACUUCUCUAUGUUAGACUUCAAAGGCCUUCGCAACGAAACUAAGUUUAGCACUAUGGAACCGUUCCCUAUUGUUGCUGUUGAUGGUUUACCCGAGCAGGUCACAGCUGAUUGUGGUGUUUUUGUUGCAUCAUUUGCUGAGUAUUUCAUUGAUGGCAAACCCAUCCCAUCCUCUGAUUUUGAUGUGGAAAUUCACCGCGAUCGUUUAGCUGCGUUAUUUUAUCAAUAUGGGAUGAAGAAGCAAACUGAGAACAUUGAAAGUGAAUCUGAGGCCCCUCCCAGCCUUCCCAAGAAGUGAUUUGUUUUUUCAAUCAGACUGUCAUUGUUCUUAUAGUUUUUUAAUGUUGUUUUAAUGUUUUUCAUGUUGUUUUUCGUAAACAAACAUUGGUGUUCUGUUGUUUUUCCUUACGUUUUGUGUGGACAAUAUGUAAUCUUUUAUUUUUGUAUGUUUUUUCUUAUUAUUUUUAUGUACAAACAAGUUGGUAUGCUAAAGUUGUUUGUUUUUUCAUUUCACAUCCCUUCUUUUUUUGUUUUUUUUUUUCUUAUAGUUUCUCUGUUUUUUUGAAUCCAAAUAUUCAUUUCAGUAUUAAAAACACAAACUGUUUCAAUAACAAACUUCAUAUAUAUAUUCAAUUUAGUAUCCAACAUCUUUUAAUAUCCAAUCUAGAGUAUCAACAAUUCCCAAUGUAAUCAAUGUUUUUCAAAUAAAAACUGUAUUCCCUUUGUAUUUCAGAAAUUUAAAUUCCUCAAUAUCUAAUUCUCAAAACGUAUGUGUAGUUUUCUUUUGUUUUUCUACUGUUGUUCUGUUGUUGUUUUUAUUCCCUUCUACGUCUUCUGCUGCAUGUUCUUUUGUUAUGCCCCAGUUCACCACAUUUGCUGCACUUGUUGUGUUGAUCCUUUUCCCAUCCAGCCUUCCUUCUUAAUGUUUUUGGUCUUCCUGAUUUUACUCUUUCAUGUGGAGGCAAGACUAUAAUAUUUUUCACUUCUUCCGGUACCUCACAUUCACUUUGGUGUCCUAUUGGGUAAACUGUCCCUGAAUAAGUUGCCAGCCAAUUUUUUUUUGUGUAGUAAUCUGAACAGUAGGUGUACGGGUCCAUGUUCAUCUCCCUCAUCACGGCCACUGCGUGCCCGCAUGGCAUUUCA